AAUGCUCUGCCAAGUCCAGAUACCUGGGCAGACACACAACCAGCAGGAGUCACUGGCCAGUUGGUGGGAUUUGACAGUCAUUCUUUGGCAAUGCUCGAAGGAUCUUAUGAACGUUCUAUUUUUGGGUCAAGUCGAGAUCUGCAGUUUUUGACAGAAACACAAUGCGCCCUUGUGCUCUUUCCAGCCGCGAAAACUGCGAAAAGGGAGCAUAUGAGCUGCGAGGAACGACAGACACAGGGAUAAAUCUGCUUUUAUGUCAUCAUCCGCAGUACUGACUGAAGCUGGCUGACAUGCAUCACUACUCUGACUGGCAUCUUGAGGGAAACCAGCAUAAUUAUCAAGUCCUUUAGAGAAUUGUCUCAGUCUACAGCGCUCCACAAAAGUUUCUCUCCAUCCUCUGCAUCUGAAAAAGCCAGGGUAGAGCAGAAGGGAGGCAAAAGACUUUUCCCUCCCUCCGGGACUGUCCACUGCUGCCGAAGCACAUUUACAGAUAUGUGGCUACAGGAGCAGGAGCCACAGUCUUUCACCAAGACCGCCUAGAUGAAACUAUUUAAAAGGAUAUAAAAGAAGCAGUGCGCGCUCUCGGCGAAAGCAACAUCAGCACCAGCAUCCGAUGCGCGUCCCCGCCCCGGCAGAGGCUGCCCGAGAUCCCGGGAAGAGGAGUUGGAGCUGUGCGAGUUAAAGUUGGGCUAAAGGGGGGUGAGAGGAUGCUGCAGAGGAAUCUACGAUCUCAUUAACAUAGAUUCGGUGGACAAACGCUUUUCCAAGUGAAGGAUGACUUGCAAAAUACUGAGCCUAUGCCUCUUAUUUUUGGGUUUUCAACAUUGCUCAGCAGGAGAAUGUGUUGAUCCACUUGUUUCUGGGCUAUAUGCCUCCUCCUUCCUGGCCUCCUCCAGAUACAACUUUCUGUAUUCAGCCAAUUUUGCCAAACUCUAUGGCAGCAGUGGCUGGUCUCCGUCCCCCAGGGACAGACAGCCAUGGUUGCAAGUAGACUUGGGAAGGAAGUACCGACUGGUGGCCAUCGCCACCCAGGGGACCUUCAACUCAUACGACUGGGUUACCAAAUACACACUUCUCUAUGGAGAUCGACCAGAUUCCUGGACGCCGUACAUCAUGAAAGGAGGCAACUCUGUAGGUUUUGGUUUAACAGGAUGUGACAUCAUGCUCAUUGUUAGCAGAACAGUGAAGCGCGUUGUCUCAAAAACAAUGCCAGGUAACUGGAAUUAUUACCAGGUGAAGAGAAAUGUCUUCCAUUAUGCCUUCACCGCGAAACACAUCCGUCUGCUGCCGCUGGCGUGGAACACAGAGAAUGGCGGGAAGAUCGGCGUGCGACUGGAGCUUUUUGGUUGUCCUUAUGAUUCCUAUGUGCUGCAAUAUAAUGGAGAUGACUCAGUGGUGUACACGUACCCAGAGAAAAGAUCUCGUACACUGUAUGACCACAUGGCCAUAAAUUUCAAGACUCUGGAGCAGGAUGGUCUGCUGUUGCACAGUGAAGGGAUUCAGGGAGAUCUCUUCACCCUGGAGCUGAAGAAAGGCCGUCUUUACCUUCACAUCAGCCUCGGAAGCAGUGUCAUACAUAAAGUCGAUGGUCGAACUACUCUGACUGCCGGGAGCCUCCUCGAUAAUCUACACUGGCACUAUGUCACUAUCAAGCGCUAUGGUCGACAAGUGAACUUCACAGUGGACAGUCAGACUGUGACAGCUAUUUGUAAUGGAGAAUUCACUCACCUGGAUCUGGAUGCAAAGAUGUAUGUGGGAGGAGUGAUAGAGCAAAACUUGCCUCACCUCCCUACCACACCAAAUUUCCGAGGCUGCCUGGAAAAUGUCUUCAUCAAUGGCAUCAACAUCAUCGACAAGGCCAAGAGAGAGGAGCCUGACAUCCGCAUUCCUCGGAAGAAAAAGAUGCAUUUUGCCUGCCGCGACAUUCUGCUCAAACCAAUGACCUUUGCCGGACCCAACAACUACCUGCAAGUGCCAGGUUUUUUCAGGAGACCUCGCAUGUUUGUCAAAUUCAAAUUUCGCUCCUGGGACUACACGGGCCUGCUGAUGUUUACACGCUUCGCCGAUGACCUGGGUGCCCUGGAGCUGGGUCUGAGUGAGGGUCAGAUCAAUGUGACAAUAUUCCAGCCGGGAAAAAAGAAACUCCAGUUCGCUGCAGGAUACAGGCUCAAUGACGGUUACUGGCACACAGUGGAUUUGGCAGCCAGAGACAACUUGCUGACUCUCACGCUUGAUGAGGAGGAGGCCUCGCCACUAAAGAUAACCAACCCCUUCACCAUCCGAACGGGGGACCGCUACUUUUUUGGGGGUUGCCCGAAAACUAAUAACACAAUAAGGAAGUGUGAGACCAAGCUGAACCGUUUCCAUGGCUGCAUGCAACACAUCUUCAUAGACAAUGAACAGCUUGAUAUUGACAUUAUUCUGCAGAGGCAAUGGGGGCGAUAUGCUGAACUGUUGCUGGGUACCUGUGGGAUCACUGACAGAUGCUUGCCAAAUCCCUGUGAACACGAAGGCAGAUGCAUUCAGUCCUGGGAUGACUUCAUCUGCCUGUGUGAAAAUACAGGUUAUAAAGGAGAAGUGUGCCACAUGUCGGUUUAUAAAGAGUCAUGCGAGGCUUACAGGCUAAGUGGCAAGUAUUGGUCUGGAAACUACACCAUUGAUCCUGAUCUUAGUGGGCCGCUGAAGCCAUUCGAAGUUUACUGUAAAAUGAAGUCGUAUAAAGCUUGGACAGUGAUGAUGCAUGAUCGAGCCGAUGGAACUAAGGUGACUGGGAGCUCAAUAGAUCGGCCGUAUAUACUAAAUGUUAACUACUGGAAUGCCUCCUGGGAUGAAGUUAGCGCUCUCGCCAACACCUCCAUGUACUGUGAGCAGUGGAUCGACUACUCCUGCUAUAAGUCUCGUCUCCUGAACACUCCCGAUGGAAGACCUUUUGGUUACUGGAUUGGCCGUAACAAUGAGAGCCACUAUUACUGGGGUGGGACGUUCAGAGAAGUUCAAAAAUGUGGAUGCGCCAUCAACCAAACUUGCGUUGACCCCAAGUUUCUGUGCAACUGUGAUGCUGACUAUAGACAAUGGUAUUCGGACAAAGGCUAUUUGGAUUUCAGAGACCACCUGCCUGUGAGAAGGGUGGUGGUCGGGGACACCAACAGGACUGGCUCAGAAGCACAAAUCACUGUUGGGCCACUUCGCUGCCAUGGCGACAGAAACAUCUGGAACACGAUAGCUUUCACCAAGCCCACCUACAUCACCUUUCCCACUUUCAGGCCGGGAUCAACCGCGGACAUCUCUUUCCACUUCAAAACUUAUCGUGACCAUGGUGUAUUCUUGGAAAAUUCUGACGAACAACUCAGAAACUUUAUAAGAAUAGAGCUGAACACCACCCACAAUCUCGCGUUCGUAUUUAUGGUUGGAGACGGUAUUCUUAAUGUGACCCUGCGCUCCCCGGUUCCGCUCAAUGACAAUGAGUGGCAUUUUGUACAAGCAGAGCUUAAUGUGAAGCUGGCCCGGAUAAAAGUUGACUAUCAGCCAUGGGCAGUCACGCGCUUUCCAGGUCAAACCUUUGUCACCAUGAAGUUUACACAUCCUCUGCUCGUAGGUGCAGCCAAUCGCACCCUGAGACCUUUUUUAGGAUGCCUUCGAGGGCUGCGUAUGAAUGGUGUUCCUAUAGAUUUAGAGGGCAAAGUGAAUGAAGAACAGGGUAUAAGGAGGAACUGUACCGGACAGUGUCUCAAUGCCACCAUACCAUGUCGAAACAGCGGCCAAUGUAUUGAGGGAUAUGCGUCCUACACUUGUGACUGUAAUAACACAGCCUUUGAUGGUUUCUACUGUCAUAAAGAUAUUGGAGCCUUCUUUGAGAUUGGAUCGUGGCUGAGGUACAACAUACGAAAGAAGCCCGUGUCAGAUGAGGCAGCUUGGGCAAACUGGAUCGACCCGCAUUAUGACAAUUUCAGUCUUGGCUACAAUGACACGUCAGACGACAUAGAGUUCAGUUUCAGCACCGUCAACACGCCAGCCGUGUUACUGUACAUCAGCUCCUUCGUUCAAGACUACAUUGCUAUCAUCCUCAAAACUGAUGGUAGUGUAGAUCUGAGGUAUAAACUGGGGCUCAUAACACACAAGUACCAGCUGACUCACCGAAAUCUGGCAGACGGAUAUCCACAUUAUGUGAACAUAACCAGACACAACAGAACUAUCAAAACACAGGUGGAUUACAUGGAGCCCAUAGUAGAGAAGAUAACCUUGGUGGAGGAUGCCAGGUUUGAUUCCCCAAAGUCCAUGUUUCUGGGAAGAGUGAUGGAGGUUGGCGAUAUUGAUUAUGAGAUCCAGAGGCAUAAUGCUCCAGGCUUCAUAGGCUGCAUUUCUGGUGUGAGAUACAACGUCUACGCACCAUUAAAAGCCUUCUUCCGUCCAAAUGAAACUGAUCCUCCGGUAACGACGCAAGGUUAUGUCUCUGAGUCCGUCUGUGGGGCCUUUCCUCCUGUCCUGGGUUAUGUACCUUGGGAGGUAGACCCUUGGUUUACUAGUAUAGAAUAUAUCUAUAUCCAUGAUGACCUAGGUCUGUUUUGGAUAACAGUAAUUGCCAUCCUGGCUUUGAUGCUGCUCUUCGGAGGCCUGUACAGCAUCUACGUCUAUGCUUACCAGCAGAAGGGCAGUUAUCACACCAAUGAACCUAAAAACCUGGAGUCCCCCAGCAGCUCCAGGCCACUAACCGAGACCCUGAGGAGAGAAAAAAAGCACCUCCCAGAAAUUGAAGAGGAGUUCAGGAAUGGCUAGUGACCCAUUGGACAGCGGGUGG